GGGAUGCCUGGCACAGCCUGGGGAGGAUGUCCAAGGAGGAGGCAAUGGCAGCUUACGUGGCUGAGAUGAAGAAGGUGGCCCAAAAGAUCAUUGACACUGUGCCCAUGGACGAGACAACGGAGGAGAUGUUUGGGUACUUCGAGCCGCUCUACGAGGUGAUCCGUGACAUGCCCCGGCCCCCUGAGGCCUUUUUCAAGAAGAAAGGGGGCACUCAGGAUCAGACGAACGGCCCCAGCCAGGACGACGCAGCGAGCAGGCCGGCUCCGGAGCGCCCCGAAGACGCCCUGCCCGGGGAGCAGAGCAACGGGCAGCACGGGCCAGGAGCUGGCCUGGCCCCCGCCACCGAGGCGCUUGAAGGUAGCCAGGUGACCAGUGACUCUGAGGGGGACGUGUACUGCGAUACCCUGGAGCAGAUGGAGCCUGAGCAGGCUGGGCAGCUGCUGGGUCUCUCCCCUACCGGCGGUGAGGCCAGGCCCGAGCCCCCGCGGCCCUGCGGUGCAGAGCAGGGAGAGUGGGGUGAAGGCAGAAGACUGGAGGGGAGGAGCCCUGGCCUCGCAGCCCUUGGCCCUGAGAGAGACUGGCUCACCAGGGGACAGCGGGACACCGGGACCACCCCUGAGCUCGCCCGGGGGCUACCGGCAGAGCUGGACACCUGCGUAGCCAGCACCAUCCGGGCCCUGCAGACCGACAUGAGGCGAGUACUGGAGCGCCUGAGCGAGCUGGAGACACUCGCCUCUGCGCAGGGGGAUGCAGCCGGGACCAAUCCUGACCAGCCGCUGGCUCCGCAGGCAGCGUCCCCGUGGCCCCUGACCGUCUCCCCGCACACCCUGCUCUUCCUCCUCACCUGGCCUUUCGUCACCCAGUGGCUGCUGCGCCGCUGGCAGGGCACGAAGAGGUGACAGCCACGUCCCCGCGGCCACCACCGGCCACCGCCGGGCUGCCGCCACCCCUCCUUCCCCAUCCUGCUUAGCACGAGCCGGGGAAGCGCCACACGGGAUUGGGAUCGACGUGGGAAUUGCUUCACCCAGCCACGGGGUCUCCUGCGGGCCGGGACCCCAACCCCGAGGGAGGGGGAGCCACCACGCACCGCCGACUGCCACC